CGGCCCGCGUGAAUUAAACGUGCGCGCGCGCAGUGAAAGCGACGUGCUUUAAGUGACAGUUUGUGUUUUUUUUUCUGAAAUGUGACAGUGAUUUAGUGUUAACUUUUCUUUUACACUCACUUUGCUGACUUCUAUUUUGAGCUUAUCCGGAUGUAUCGUUAAAGCCGCACGAUGGGGCACAAGCAAUACCUGGCGGUGGGGCAAUCGGCCCGGAACCGACUGUUCGGUCUCGCGCCGCGUCUGCCCGGGGACAAAAAGCCGCUGCCACUGAACAUGCUCAUCUCGCAGCAGGGCAAGAUCAGUCACGGUCGGCUCGCAGUCAUCACAUUCAGCAUCGCCACCGUGGCCUUGGGCGUCAUACUAUCCUUCGUACCGUGGUUGGAUUACAUUAUAUUUAAGGAACUGAAGCUGUGGAACGGGUCUCUGAGCUACAGCUACUGGCAGCGACCUGGCGUCAUCCGGCUCACGAAGGUCUAUAUCUUCAACGUGACCAACCCGCAGGGCUUUCUGGAGCACGGGGAAAAACCGAAACUUAACGAAGUUGGGCCUUUCGUCUAUAGAGAAGACAUGGAGAAGGUGAACAUAAAGUUCCACGACAACGACACGGUGUCGUACCAGCACAACAAGAUCCUGCGCUUCGUGCCCGAGCUAUCCGUGGACAAGACACAGAAGCUGGUGGUGCCCAACAUUCCGCUCUUGACGGUGACGUCGUUCUCACCCAACCUGGCGGGCUGGCUGUUCAACUUGCUGGUCUCCGGGCUGGCCAUCACGUACCGGGAGCGCGCCAAGCCUUUCGUGCACGUCACCGCUGAGGAACUGGUUUUUGGUUACAACGAUCCCCUAGUGACGCUCGCUCACUACUUUUACCCUAAGGGAAAGAGACCGAACAGCCAAAUGGGACUGCUACUUGCCAGAAACGGCACCCUAGAUGAGGUGCACACGAUCAACACUGGCCAGCGGCUGGACAAGUUCGGCUACUUGGACAAACUCAACGGACUGGACCACCUUCCGUAUUGGAGAGACAGCCCUUGCAACAAUAUCAAGGCUUCUGAAGGGUCGUUCUUCCCGCCUCCCGACACCACCAAGGAGAAGACGGUGUACGUGUACGACAAGGAUCUGUGCAGGAUCAUGCCCUUUACCUACCGGAAGGAUGUAUACAAAGAUGGCAUCCUCACAGGGCUGUACACCCCACCCAGCUCCAUGCUAGAAGACGCGGAAGUCAACCCCGACAAUAAGUGCUACUGCCAAGGGGAGAAGUGCCCCCCGAGGGGGCUGCAGAACAUCAGCCCUUGCCAGUACAAUGCGCCGGUUUACCUGUCCUAUCCUCACUUCUACGACGCCGAGCCGUCCCUUCUAGAAGGCUUCGAAGGUCUCAAUCCCGACAAAAAGAAACACGGCAGCUACAUUUUGCUACAACCAAAAAUAGGAGUGCCCCUCGAGGCGCAAGUGAGAGUGCAGCUCAACAUAAAAGUGGACAGGGCCCCUAACAUCAGAGUCAACAAUAUCCACAAAUUCCCGGACAUGAUGUUUCCAGUAAUGUGGGCACAAGAGGGAAUGGACAGUGUAUCUACAUCUAUUUGGCGAUGGAUAUGGCUGGGCACCACAUUUGGGCCGAUCGCCGCCGCCGUCAUUUCCUACUCCUUAAUAAUCAUCGGUCUUGCCAUAUUAAUAAAUGUUUUCAUCAAAGCGUACAAAAGUUUUGUCAUCGGGCAAAACUCACUAGAGUUUGUCGAGUUAGGAAGGGAAACCAUUAGGCGUGGAUCGACUUUAAUAAUAAACAGUUCAAAGAUAAUUAACAAUGGUAAGGACGCCUCGUACCAACCUUUAAACAAAUCUAGCAAAACUAAAUAUGACCUAAAUAAGUCGUUUAUUUCCACACCAAGAGGUAGUAAGGAGGAGAAACUACAAGAACUUAACUUUAUCAAUAAAACGGAAAACUUAAGUUCGAGUAUAGACGAACUUAAAUUAAUAUUAAACAGGGAUUUAGUUAAAUCCCAUUUUUUGGAGGCGGAGAGAGAAUCGCUCAUUCGUUCUGACAACACUUUUAUAAUGUCAGAACAUAGAAGGAGUAGAGUGUUUCAGGACUAUAAAAUACCGGAGGACUAUUAUUGAUGUGUUAAUUAAUGUUUUAAGUGUAGUUUAGCUGUUUGGUUGCAACGGCUGAAAUGUGAAAUAGUGAAUUUUGGUCAUCUGAAUAUCUGACUCUAGGACGGAAAGGGUUAAAUUUGUUAUUUUUGUCUUACUUUCUAUUAUUUCCCCAAGCUCAAUUUUACCAGGUUGGUAAAAGUUUCAAGGUGAAAGCAAAAACCUACUGGGGAUUCCUCUUAUUCCAAGUAUUUUUUAUGUACUUAAUUUUUGAUGAUUAAAAUUAUGGUAGCUAAAAGUAGGUUAUAGGUUGCGCUAAACUUCUUUUUCACCCUAAGUUUGCCGACCCAGCAAAGCUUUAAAAAGGUAACUUCAAUAUGAAGUCAUCGUUCAGAAGUUUUUCACAACCUAUACCAAGUAGUAUUAAGUAAUCUAGUAUUAUCGGUGGUAAUGUUAGAUAACUAAUUAAUAAACAGUCUUUGUACAUAAAGUACGUUCAUAUGGAAAUUUCCAAGUGCCGUUAUUUUUGAUCGUGAUCACAUUCACAUUUCAGCAAUUAAGUAGCAUCUGGAUAAAACUAGGUAAGUAGGUAAGUUAAUGCACAUUUAAGCUAUCCGCAACAAACUUGUUGGAAAUUUCUACGUGAACAAGCUUUACAUUUCCAAAGAUGUUAAUAAUAUGUUAUUAUGUAAUUCUGUAUGAAAUUUGUGAGUUUUAUUUCACAUUAGUUCAUGAGCUACUCCAUGGUUUUUGUAACAUUAUGUUUUAAUAAUUAUUAUAAAAAUUUAGAUUAAUUUAUUAAACAAAACAUUAAAGUUACCCAGUCUACCAAUGUAUAACAAUAUGUACAAUUUAUAAUACUAAAGAUCUUGGGUAUAUAGGCUAAAGAUGUUGAAUAAGGUAUACAUUUACAUUAACAACGAAACAACGCUGAAUCAGACGAGUAGUUGGGUGAAAACUGUAUCCUCUAUCUCUACAGAUAGGUUGGUCAGAUAUGUUUUCAGUUUUAGUACUUGAUUUUUAAUUAUUGCAUUGUGUAACAGUUAUACAACUUACAGCGAAUUACCUGCGCACACGCAUGACGAGUUUGUACAGAUUCUAUGCAAUGCAAUGCGUUGGUCAAUAGACAGCCUCAAUCGCGGUGCUGGGAAAACACUGACGGUUUCAGUUUUCUUACCAUCUUAAAGUGGUAUUAUAAUAUACUAUCUUAGGUUUUUAAUGUGCAACGAUAUAUUAUUUUCGAUAAAGGGCAUUUUAUUUUGACUUUGCGCAAAUUUAAAGGACGUGACAAUGUUUUAAAUGAUUUCUGAGUUGCGCAGAGCAAUUUCUAUUAACAAUAGACUAGUUGACGUAACAUUGAAAUUAACGAAAAUGGUUGCUCAAAAGUUUUGAAAUAUUUGUUAAACCAGACUUUUCUAAGUAUAUGUUGUCUUGUUUAACAAAAGUUCGUGUAUUUUUAAAUUAAAGUCAUGGGAAAAUUUUGCUCAAUUUUUGUACUACGGGACCAUUGCUUGGGACUUUUAGAUUUUAAGUGUGACGUAAGGAGGUGGUAUUAACUAUGUCUUUACUUUAUUGUAUUGUUUGUGGCUCUGCUGAUUUUUUUGAAUAUUUGACAUUGUCCUUUAGAGCUUAAUGAAUACUUUUACGUUCCGCCCAUUUUUUCUUUGCUCGAUAAAAAGUACAUAGCACUACGGCUGGUUCCUGAUCCUGCCUAACUAGGCAGGAUGAGGAACCAGCCGUAGUGAGCUAGAUUUGUAAAAUGAAUUUAUUUCAAAUGAAACCUGAUUGGUCACCACGCCUGCGGGGAUUUCCGGCCUACGAGGAUUCAAAUUUCUAACCGUUUUUAAAAAAGCAAGAAUUUUUCUAUAUUCUAAAUAAUAACUUUAUUCUAAUUAAUAACACUUUUACACAUUUAAAUCUUUUCGUACUGUAACUUUGACAGUCAACCCAAAAUUAAGUUUUAUCUCUGGAAAGUUGUUUGUCUGUCUGUGUUUUAAAAAAAACGGGAAAUAAUGAGAAACAAUAUUAAAGUUUGCCAUAGAUAAGCACAUACCAUGGAUACUACGUUUCUAAAGAAGUUAUAGAAUCCCAUUUUCCAACGACGCAUUUCGUUUCGCACAAAACAAGAUUUUUUAACUGUGCUACGUUCACCUAUAGAUAUCAAGUAAUUAUAUGCUAGGUACCUAACUAUUACUAUAAUAAUAAAUGCCACAAACUCUAUAAUGAUGUAAUUAAAAUAAAAAGCUCAUAUUAAGCUUUAAAAAAGAAGACUUCUUACUAACAUUAGUAAUAGAUAUCUGAUAUUAUUUGAUUUACGGCCAGGUGUAAACGGUCAAUAAGUAUCGAGAACUAUUAAGUGUCAUAAAUAUUAACACCGGUUUAACUGGUGUAUAUUCAGUUUAAGCAGGUACCUACACAAAUCGGAUAACUAAAUGGACACAUUUAAAAUUGGUGCACUCCUUUCCCCUAUUUUUUUUAUGGAAAGAUAUACAACUUUUACACAUAAUAUAAAGAUUGGACCUGUAAAAUUAGGUAAUAAAAGUUGUAUAGGUACAAGAGAAUUGGCACAAUUCAAUCCUUUUUAAUUUUUUUUUUAUAAUUAAACAAUAUCACUAUUAAUUUCAAAAUCCGUUCUCUGGUAAGAACAAAUCCAAAACCUACCAUAGGUCAUUAAGCUCUGCUUCUUUUUUCUGAGAAAUUUUGAUAAAACGACAUUGACAGGUUAAAAAUGUAGUUCUAUCCUUUAUAUUAUCUUCCUUGUAGAAGAAGAUAGCUACUUUUAGAUUUGUCACUUCAGUUUCGUUUCGAGGCUUCCGUCAGGAAAAUUAGCACCACGCGAUAUUUAUUGACCGUUCGAACUUGCCUAAAUGGGGUAGGCUGUUUUGGGUCACAGCCGGUACAUUUUACGUGAAUACAUCGUUUGGGUUUUAAGAUAUUGUAGAAAGUUCGCAAUAUAGUAGAUCGUAGACCGCAGUUAUAGUGCGUUUAGGAAUCCGAAAGUGGCAUUAGUGCCAAUUCCAACGGACUGGCACUUCAAUUAUAUAUCGAUGGCCAAUUCUAUUGUAUACAAAUUACAAACUAAACUAAAUUGACAGAUCAAAAAGUAGUGCUGUCACAGUGUCUGUAGUGAAACAGGACAGCGCUAUUUUUAGACCUGUCUAUUAAACUUUAUUGAACUUAAUGCAAAGGGUGUUUGGAAUGAUAUAAACAAGAUGGCUUCGUUUUUACGGAUAGAGGGACAGCGAAGAAGUAUUCACGUAAAAGUGCCUAAUACCAUUCCAGUUUGUUUAAGAAAGGGUAGUACGGUUAUUUACUAUAUAAGUGCCUAAUGUGAAAUGGUUAAACAUUGUAAAUAUUGAAAUUAAGGUUGCAAUUUUGUAUUCGAUAACUUGUUUAUAAUAAAAAAUGUAAACACUAAA